GAUUAGCUAAUUGUCCAUUUAUGCUUAGUUAACCUAAAAAAUAUUCAAUUAUCAAACGGAAAUAUAUUCAUUCAUCUUUGUAUUAUAUUUAAUCACGGCGACAAAAUCAGUUACUUUUGUAGUUGAAUCGUUAUAAUUUAAUAUUGCCAGUGAGCCUGAUGAGUUUUAAGUCACCAAAAGCAAGGUUUAAUCACAAUUACAGACCAAUCAGUAGCAAAUUCACUUUCAACCCAAACCUCAACCAGUAACACCGUUUUGCCUUGCUAACAUUCGGACCUAACAAUGUUAAAAAAUAUUAUUAAUUUUUCUCUUAACUUUCCAAUUACAAUAUUAUCAGCAACAAUUAUGUUGAUUGCUCUAACAGAUACAUUCUUGUUACCCAAAAUGACAACCAGAUUCUGCUACAACUCACCAGAACCAACCCGAGUCAGCAGUCAAUGUGUUUUGUGUAAUUACUUCCUAUUUGAUGCAACUGUUAUGGGCUGCACAGGAUCAACUGCCUUGAAUGUUAACAUAACAGCAACACAAGCCUUUUGCCUGAUAUCACAAUGUUUAGGGCAAAUCCGUCAAACGCCAAUGUUUUUAGGAAGGAAACGUCGCUCCUUGGAUGAUGAUCAACUAUCCAUUGAUGAGGUUAAUCAAGAGAACGAAAAUAACCUGAUGAUUGAUGAUCUUACCAAAUCAAAAUCAGAUGAAAUUCCAGAGAUAAUUGAAUACAAUACAGAUGGAGUGAAACAACAGUUUGCCAUCAAGAAAGAUGUUGAAGCAACCGUUAUUGAUCUAAUUGGUUUGGAUGAGGAUUAGAUUCAAAUUGCAGACAACUUAUUGAUUGCAAUUCAACUAUUUAGUUUCUCGUUUUUCAAUCUAUCUAAUUACUGUCUUGAAAUUUAAACAAAAUUAAUGUGAAAUUUAAGAGGGUAAACAAUUCAUUUUUGCGUUUCAUUGAACAAAUGUUAUCAAACUUGCUUUAUUUAUCUUUUAUGACACUCUGUAAGUUGAUUACUGCAUCACUUUGACACUUUUUACCCAAUUAAAAAUAUCUUUCAAAUGAAUCAUCAAUAUUCAUGUGAAAUAU